UGGAAAAUAAAUGCGUUUGACUUAUGUGAAAUUCAAAUAUUAUUCGCAGUGCAGGCUGUGUGUCUUCGAUGACAAAUGUAUUAUUAUUAUGACAGAGGAGAGGAAGGGGAGGGGCAGAGGUGACAGGAGGAGGAGGAGGAGGGUAAAAACAUAUGAUAAUAGAGUUAACUGCGGUAUGAAAGACUCUUCCUGAACCGCUUCGGCUUUUAUUUGUACCUAGCUAAAUGAAAUGACACCCGAACACGUUUGAUAGCGGGGCGACUGCAUUCCCAGCUGUCCUUGUGUGCUGGUCGGGGUGUCAGAGGAAUCACUAAACUCAGAUGGGUCAGGCACUGUGGAGGCUGCCUCCCAGACAACAGCAGCAGCUUCAGGAAGAGCUAGCCGACCGACUGGCUGAUCGUGGAGGAGGAAGACGAGAGCCAGGGAGAGAUGGAGGCACACAGAGAAGAGCUCCUCAGCACUGUUACGGCCCUGACAUCUAUCAUCUGCUGAGAACACGCAGGGGAGGUAAAGAGCAGCAUGGUUUUAUAGAUUUGGAGAUGUUGCCACCAGAGUUAGGCAUCACCAUCCUGUCGUACCUGAAUGCUACAGAUCUGUGCCUGGCCGGCUGUGUGUGGCAGGACCUGGGAAAUGAUGAAUAUCUAUGGCAGGGGCUGUGUAAGUCCACAUGGGGUCACUGCUCCAUCUACAACAGAAGACUACCUGCUGGUUUCUCAUAUAGAAGACUAUAUCUGCAACUAGAUGAAGGCUGCCUGACAUUCAAUGCAAACCCACAGGAGGGUAUGAGUUAUUUCAUGUCUAAAGGCAUACUAGUGGAUCAUCCCACUGAACUGGCUAAGUUCAUCUUCUACACCAGACGGCUCAACUGGAAGAUGCUGAGGAUUUACCUGGACGAGAGGCGGGAUGUCUUGGACGAGUUGGUGACCCUCCAUAACUUCAGUAACCAGUUCCUCCCCAAUGCUCUGCGGGAUUUCUUCAGACAUAUCCAUGCACCAGAGGAGAGGGGAGAAUAUCUGGAAACACUCAUCACCAAGUUCAGCCACAGAUUUUGUACCUGCAACCCUGGUCUUGUCCGAGAUCUGGGCCUCAGUCCAGAUGCUGUGUAUGUGCUGUGCUACAGUCUGAUCCUGCUGUCCAUUGAUCUGACCAGCCCUCACGUCAAAAACAAAAUGUCCAAGAGGGAGUUUAUCAGGAACACUCGCCGAGCAGCCCAUAAUGUCUCCGAUGACUUUGUUGGCCAUCUCUAUGACAACAUAUACCUGAUUGGCCACGUGGCUGCGUAGCUCCACCUACCAGCUGGCCAACAGAAAUCCUCACACUGCACUGAAAAAUAGGAAUUGGUGAUUGGGUUCCUAUAUGUGUCUGGAAAUUACGGAACAUUAUGGAAAUGGAUGUUAACACUUUUAACGUCCUUCGAGGAAUAUAACAACAAAUAAAAUCUUACUAGAAAGAUUAAAAACAAAUACAAUUCACCACUGCACUGUGAGACAGACUGUGCCACCAAAUAUUAGGAAUGUUGUUAGAUUUCAAUCAAAUGUGUGAAACAUUUGAAAUGUCUUUAAAACCAAGCCACUGCAAAGAAGGAGGUUUUCAAGUGGAACCAUGAAGACAUGCUCUGAUACUGCACUGAUGGAUGGGGACUACUGAUUGGUGGUGGGAUGAGGAGGAGAUAUGCCCUCAGUCUGGCACAGACGCUGGGCAGAUGAUUAGUCAUGCUGACUUUCAUUUCGGACACUAGCUGCUUCACGAUCACCAGUUGUAUAAAAACUGGCCCAUUCUUGUAGGAUGUUAAUACUAGGCUAACAAAAGAUCGAUCACUAAUAUUACUAGUAGCACUUGCCAGUGUAACCAAGCUAAGCCAGAGUUAUUCAGCAGUCAGUUGAGCUUGAUACAUUGUCCAGUGGCAACAACCAGAAUGUCCAAGUGUCAAGAUUCACCUAGACCUGCAUAUCUGUGGCUCAGACACGAAAGUUUUUUUUAUUUAUUUAUUUUUUUUUAUUCAUUUAAGGAGUAAAAUGAACAAGACAACAACACAUUGUCUCCAGUGGCACACUGUGAAAUAUUAUAACACACAUGUCAAUUCUAAAAACUGCAUAAAUUGCUUCUGGUUGUUUGGUUAUGAAAUCAAUUUGACGAUCACCCAGAUUAAAGCCAAGUUAAAUAUCCCAAGUAGUAUCGUCGAUGUUGUAAGAACCAACUAGCUAAAUAUAACUUAAGCUUUUUUCUACACCAUGAUUUAAAUUGAAUGUACUAAAACUUAUUGUUACAUGUGACAUUAAGGAAAUCUCUAAUCACACUGCUUCAAAAGUGACAUGCUCCUUGUGCUGCAGGUAGAGCGGCAUCUUUAUACUGCAAUACUGCUUUACAAUGAAAAUGGUAAACAGAAAGUAGUAUUUGGGAAGUCAGAGUUUGGUGAUGGAUCUGAAUCUACUUCUGGCUUGAUUCUUGUAGUCAAGUGUAGGGAAAGAUCGUGUGAAGUGAAAAAAUGUAGGAUUUUCAUCAAGUCAUUCUGUGAUUUUUUUUGUGAGGGGGGGGGGGGGCUCUUGAGAUAUAAUGGAAGGACAAAACCACUGCCUGAAUUUUAAGUAUGUAGUUGAUAGUGCAGUAUGUUAAGAUCAUGAAGUUCUUGUGUGUGAAAAAUCAUACUGUUAUUAUUGUUUUUUUACCUGCUGCCAUUGGUGCACAUACCACAGGUUUACCUUAAAUCCCAGCUUUUGUUUUUAAAAAUCUCUGAAAAGCAGCCCACAGAAACUUAACUAUUUCUGCCAUGAUAUAAUCAGUGAAGCACCUGAAGUAUCUGAAAGCCACACUUGAGUAAAAGUACGGUACAGAUAUCUUAUCAGAAAAUGGCUUUGGUAGAAGUCACCUACUAGAAUAUUAUUUGAAUAAAAGUCUUAAAAUAUAUUAACUUUACUUAAGUAUCAAAAGUAAUUUUCUUAAAUGUACUUAAGUAUUGAAAGUAAAAGUAGAGUAAAUGCUGUUAAUAAAAAAGCAAGCAGUCAGAAAUUUGAGAAUUAUGAAGUUUUAUUCUUUCAAGUAUGUACAGUACCUUUAAAAAUGAAACCUACAUCACACUAAAAGAAAAAACAAGGUCUUCAAACCUUAAAGAUUGUAGAGAACAAAGUCCAGUUUUUCCUUCCCUCCUAUUCCUUCAAUCAACCCCCCCUCCCUCCUUCCUCUCUUCCUUCCCUACAGUAACAACGCAGUAAUUACUUGAAACUGAUAAAUUUGCUGUUCAUCUUCAAAAGAAGUUGUUUUUCGAAAUUGCGAGAAUUUGGUCUCGCUCUUCUUGGGCUGAAGACAAGUCCUGCAAUGCUAAAUAGCCUUUCACAGGCCGCUGAGGCAGGUAGAGGCUUGUUCAGCUUCACAGACAGCUUGCACACAGCUGGGAAGGAUUUCAGCAAGUCCAUGUGAUCUGCUGAAUAGGCCAAGUAUCUGUCCAAUUGUUUGUAGUCGUCUUGUGCUUGAGACAACUGCAGGGCAAAGAAGAAGUCAUCAGAAGAUAAACUGGACCUGGUGGCAUCACCUAGCUGUAGGGAGGGUUCUUUUAUGUGCUGCUUGAUGGAGUCCAUUCCAGAAAUAUUGUGAGGAUGAAAAGAUAAAUGGUAGGAUUAAUACAACUGUAUAACAUGUCAUGGCCCCAACCUAAGGUUUCGUGCUAAAUAGUUUGUUUUAAUUUGAGAUUUAUAAAUUUAGUUUGUAAAUUUAGUACAAAAUUUACACCCAUAUACUUGUUUUUCACUGUCCCCAUGUGGUCUUACCCAUUCUGAUUGUGGCAUCAUCCUUUGUCCAAGUUGUUUGGAAUUUUGGAAGAAGAAUCGUAGCUGAGAUCAACUCAGUGUCUUCUGACAUGGACGAAAAUUCUUUAUUCCCACCUUUAGAGCAUCCAUCAGAGGUUUUCAGUUCUUCAAUGGCAAUUUGAUUUGGUCAAGUUUGACUGUCAGCAGGUUGAUUGUUGAAAGUAGCCACCCCAUGUGGGCAUUUGCUUUUGCUUGCAAGAUGUUGGUUGCCUUGGCGACUGGGCUCACAGCAGUGGCAUACUCUGAAGAAUGCGAGUUCAGCUGUUUUAAAGCUGUAAUGGAAACAAAGACGACAACACUGUUUUAUAACACUUUAUAACCAUUUCAUCAGAUUCAACAAAAAAUGCUGGAUGAGUAAUUAACUAAAAUGGACCAAUGAUAAGUAGAAUUUUGGAUACAAUGUGAAAUAGUUAUUAGAGUUCAAGAAAGGGUGGGGAAACACAUUGACAGUUCUAGAGACAUUCAAUUGUCAAAUUGUUCAAUUAUGAUGAAGUGAUAAAAUACACAUAAUUCUUACUUGUACUGGAACCUUUAAGUCUGUGCAUAUGACUCUGAUGCCCCCCUCUCCCUUGUCUUUGAUUAUCCUCAGCAGUCUUUCCACUGCCAGGAACAAGAGUUCCACCUGGUAGCAUUCAGGCGCAGCAGCUGGAGGGAGCAAGCAUCUUUAACAGUUUUAGCUGCAAGUGUGGAUCUUCCACAUUUGUUCCAAAGUGCAUUACACUUGCCAAAUGUUGAACGGUGCACUUUCUGGUACGCCUCAUUGGAUGUUGCUUUCCCGGUAUCAACUAUUAGGUUGAGUAGGUGACAAGCACAGUGCUGGUGUUUUGGGAGCUGGAACUUGAAACCAUCAUCUUCAUUCAGAAGCACUGACACAUCAACAAUCUCCACUUCUUCACCCCUCUCUUGAUCCUCUUCAUCCUCUCCUGGUUGAGAUGCAUCACCAUCACUUCUGAUUGCAUUGUUGUUCUCAUCUUCACCAAAAACUUGGAAAGCUUUUAUGAAGUUUGGGCCAUUGUCUAUUGUAGUUCUCAGAAUCUUCCCCCAAAUUUCAAACUCAGAAUGGAUGUCAUUCAGGGUGCUUGCCAACACAUCAAAUGUGUGCAAACCUCUUAGUUGUUUACAGGCUAUUGGCUGCUGAGCAUCUUUUGAGACUGUCAGGGUCAAUCCAAUAGGCAGAAAUACCAAUGAAAGCCUGACUUCUGACAGACCAGCAGUCGGUGGUGGUGGCAAUAUGGUCAAAGCCCCUCAUGGCCUGAGUCACCAUUUUCUUCAUUCCCUUGGAGGCUUCAUCAGUCAUUGAGUACAGGGUCAGCAUUGACAUAAUUUUUGCAUUGGGCAGCAGUUCCUUUACAAAAUCUCUAAAUGGUUCUUGUUCACCAACACAGAACGGCUGGAGCCCUCGGACUACAUACUUCACGGCAGCUUUGUCAAUGGACCUCUGAGAAACAGUCCUGGUGUUCACUAAUGAGGUCUUCCUGCCGGUGAAGGGAGUCUCCCUUUUUCUCUUUGUUGAUGUGAGCUCUCCAUAUUUUUUAAGGUGGUGUACAUGCUUUCUCUGAAACAGUGAGAGAAAGACCUUUUCUAAGCAUAACAACUUUAGCUACAGGAUUUAAAAGCUACUCAACAACACUAACAGUCAAUGACCAUUAUUUAACAUACUACCUUUACCAAAUCUGCAAAUAGCGAUGUGCAUCAACUAGCCCUACUUUGUGCCACUGAUGUAAUCAUCGUUUCAUUUUUUAAAUGUAUUAACUUUGAUUAAUAAUGUAAGCCUACAUUCGAGUCACAGAUAUAGCCCAAUAGCCUAUAACCACUGAAUUUUGACAGAAUUAAUUCAAAGUAAAACUCAAGAGGGGAGAGUUUAACAAAAUGUAUGACGCUCUUGAAGAUGUGCAUAAUCCUGAACAUUUCUGUAACCCGCCACAACCACAAAUAUUUCCUCCACUGGUGUAAAAUAGAAGUUACCUGAGGAAAUAUUUUGCCGGCAGGUUAUACCAGUAAGAGUGUUUCAGAAUUAUGGACAUGUCUUCAGGAGUUUUGCGUUGAAUUAAUUCCGAUAAAAUUCAGUGGUAAACGCUAUAUCUGUGAUUCGAAUGUAAUGAGCAACAUUGGCUAGCUAUCACGUUAGCCAGAUAUCUGAUCAGCCUUGAUGCUAAUUAUGAUAACUAAAUAACAUUAAAAGGAUUAACAUUCACAGGGUUAAUCUUAAUUACCCUCAAUGUCUUUCUUGAGGUUGGACGGGGAGUUUUUAAAAGCCAGUAUUUCCGUAUUUUUGGGUAAGCAUAAGAGGCACUUCAUACGGUACAAAGAGUCUUUCACUCCAACAUGAGAAAACAUUUCUCGCAAAUAUGUCACCAUUGUUGUUAGUUGCCAGAGUAGCAGGUGCCGUCCCUAUUUCUUCUACUUCCAUCAUGAAAUCUCAUCGUCAAGUGGAAUUCUACUCAAGUGGAAUUCAAAUGUGCAAUCUAGGACCACUGAUUCUACAAAACUGCUUGCUUGCAGUCAGUGUUCCAACAUCAUUAGGCUACCAUAUUUCUUUCAAUUUUAUUUUGUAGUAAUGAAAUAACAAAGAUGCUUGGGGAAAUGUAUCCUUGUAAAAGUAUACAUUUUAUUUAGGAAAUAUAGUCGAGUAAAAGAAAGUUGACAAAUAUAAAACUCAAGUAAAGCAUAGAUACUCCCAAAAAAUACUUAAGUACUGUAACAAAGUAUUAUUACUUUGUUACAUUACACCACUGGAUAUAAUAGUACAGUACAUCUCUUGAAUUAGACAUGUAGUUUUAUAAUGACCUUAUCACAGUAAGACCACUGCCGCUGUAAUCCUGUCAAAAAGUAGCUCUAUUUUGCCAGAAAAUUAAUAUGAAAAGAACAUGCGUGAAGAACAUGAACGUGUAUCUCACAAUACAAGUUACAUUAUGCCUUUUAACUACUAUUCAUGCAAGCAAUCAGCCCAAAGUCAUGGAAACACCAUAAUUAUCAGCGUAGUAAAGUGAUUGGUAGAAUAUAUAUGUAAUUUAAAAUGAUGGAUUACAUUUGUCAGUGCAGGAAUAUGUGUCUGAGGCGUUUUUGAUGGAUUGUAGAGACAGUGGAAGCCAAUUACCGCUGGAGGGCAACAGGAAAGUAGAAAAAUGUGGCUACUCACCAGAAAAAAACAAAACAAAAGAUUAUUAAACUGGUAUAAAAAAAAACAACAACCCAACAACAAAAACACUUGGAUGGCUCAAAUGGAUGACAGAUUUGAAGCUGUUGCUUUUAAAAAGCACAUAAAUCUGAAUGGAGCAUGAUUGUCAUUCUGUGCUUGUAGCUUUUACUGAGUCCCAGCAGCUAGCAUGUAGCCGUGGCUAACAGUGAAGUAUCACAUUGAUCACUGAAUGUAACCAUAGCAACAGACAGGAUGACACAAUGAAGGACUUUUGUAUUUAAACCUUUUAUAUCAUAAAUCAGUUAGCCAGUUAGGUAUAGUCGCAAUACCAAACAACUUUUAUUUAUUUUUUAAAUUUUAUUUUAUCAGUCAUUUCUGUAUGAAUAGCCUCUUGGUUAGAUUGCACUGUAAAUCCAGCCGUGGCUGAACUCACAUUCAUUUUGUUUGAAGAUCCAAUAUUGUUACUUUAUCACACUGAUUUAGAGCUGUAAUGUCAUUGUUUUCUUUAAAUUAUGAAGGAAAUCCAUUUCCUGAUGUGUGUUUUUUCCCUUUCUGGUUAAGACUUUGUGACUUUCAAAAUGUAUUGAGAAAUUGUUGCAAAUAUUUGACUUAUUAAAUCUGGGCUUGAUUUUA